AUGAUUCUUGUGCUGCUGAUUCUCCUUGUUGCUGGUUGCACAGCUCAGCACGUUCGUCGCGAACAACAUCACCAACAACCGUUGCCUCAUUACGUCUACAUAAAAGAUGAAUUCUUUGGUAGUCCUGGACAUCAACUGGGAGCCAUGGACACUUCCUUUGGUGACUAUCACGGAAGCAUUCCAAGACCUCAAGAGAACGGAAACAUCUGGCAAUAUGGACGGCGCCCUUUGCAACCAUCUCCAUCUCACGUGGUUCCUCGGCAUAACCAUCACCUUCCAGUGAAAGAAAGCAUAAACGAACCACUUGUCACAGCAGCUCCAUACCGAUUCGAUGAUGUUCUUCCUCCCAACAUUUUUAAAAUUCCCGUGUACCCAAAAAUUGAUGCGAAAAAACACCACACUAAUCCUUGA